AUGUGCAGAUUCGUUCAGCUUGAAAGUUUUAUUUCAGAAUAUGACUUAUUAAAAAACAAAAGGCAAUUGUCUGCCAAUAAUAAAUUGCUACAAUUGAAUCCAUUUUAUAACACAAAUGAUAAACUGUUACGAGUAGGUGGCAGCCUCUGUAACUCAUUUUAUGAUUAUGACACUAAACACCCAAUAUUGCUUGAUUCAAAGCAUCAUUUAGCCACUUUAAUAUUUAGACACUAUCAUACUAUGUUUUUACAUGCACCUCCGCAACUAUUACUUGCAAUAUUGCGUCACAAAUUCUGGUUUAUCAAUGGUCGUAACCUGGCGAGAAAAAUCGUUGAAAAUUGCAUUAGAUGUCGUCGUUAUGCAGGCAAGAGCAUCCAACCCAUAAUGGGCAAUCUUCCUUCACCACGGCUACAUACUGACUAUGUUUUUGCUAAUACCGCGUGUGACUACGCCGGACCAAUCAUGAUACUGAACCGAAGAGGUCGAGGCAGUAGACUGAUAAAGUCGUACCUCUGCAUAUUUGUUUGUCUGGCCGUAAAAGCAGUUCACAUAGAACUUGUCACCGAUUUAAGUAGUAACACUUUCCUCUCAGCACUAGAUCGAUUCAUCGCCCGCAGAGGAAAGCCUCAAAAUAUUUUCUCAGACAAUGGGACUUGCUUCACAGGCGCAUGUAAUGAGUUGUCUAAAUUCUUAAAAUCAAACAGUAACUACAUCAGCUCAAAAGCAUCUGAGUUGUUCAUAAACUUUAAAUUUUCACCAGCAUAUAGUCCACACUUUAAUGGAUUGGCCGAGGGUUCCGUAAAAUCUGUAAAAUACCACCUAAAAAGGGUCUUAGGUUUAGCCCACUUAACAUAUGAAGAUUUAAAUUCAGUUCUCGCUUCCAUCGAGGCUACCCUUAAUUCUAGGCCUCUCACCCCAUUAUCAUCCGACCCUUCAGACCUUACAGCACUCACCCCCGCUCACUUCUUAAUCGGACGAACGCUAACGAUGUUGCCUUCUCCUCAGAGCUCUGACCCUGCGGCGAUACCUACUCUCUCACGAUAUAUGAGGAUUCAACAAUUAAAAGCCCAUUUCUGGUCCCGAUAUUAUAUAGAAUAUAUUACAGAGCUCCAGAAAAGACAGAAAUGGCGCAAGCAAGGCCAGCAACUCCAAUUAGGAGAGAUGGUGCUGGUGAAAGAUGACCGGCUGCCUCCCAACCGAUGGCUGCUGGGGCGCGUGACGCGCCUCUACCCCGGCUCCGACGGCGUGACCCGCGUCGCCGACGUACACACCACCUCGGGGACUCUUCGACGAGCCGCGCAACCGACUGUGCCCGCUACCAGUCAUAGACACGAACUUCGUUCCUGAGGCCGCAACAUGUUAACGCCUAGCAUGUGUUUGUGCAAACUAUAUAUGAUGCACCACUCACACACGCAUACGCCAAGAAACCUGCCCGAUCGACGCGAGCCUACGGCUUUACCGACAGCGCCGCGUCCUUCACUCGUCCUCAAGCCACCAAAUGGAAUACGUGCUAUUUAACCUAUAAUUUUUUUACACCUUGUAUUUUUCUGGUUAUUAAACCAAUUUUUUAUUGAAAA